AUGGCUGGGAUUCUGUCUAAAACUCUCUCAGAAGUACAUCCUUCGCUCCGAACGAAUGGUAUGGGUAUUGGUAACACUCAUAGGAGGAUUUCGUUAGGUUUUCUUCCUCCCAACAAGAAAAAUCCUCUAGUGCGUAAGUUUCGUGCAAAAACAAGAAACACUGAUCAAAGAAGUUUUAGGUCUUUGACAGUCGAUUUCGGAAGUAACGUACAUGAACCCAGCCCCUACUUGGGAAAUAUCGAAGAAGAACCUGAUUUAUAUUACCACGACGAGGAGGAUGGUGAGCUUAGUAGAACCAUUUCUUUACCUUCAAGAGUGUCAGAGACUCCUGAACUUUCUCCACAAGACGUUGACUGGAUACUACAUGAACAUGAACGACGAUACUCGUCAGUGUAUAACUCUGAUAAUGAGGAGGAGUGUCAAAGCAACAUACCCGAUAGAACACAAGGAUAUCCCGGAAGAGAACUGGAAUAUGACGAAUUUAUGAACAGGCUUCAAGCCCAGAAACAGAAACAAAACCAAAAUGCAACAAUGGAUGCAAAAGGUAUCUCACAUCGUAGAAGGCCAUCAUUCGUAUCUGUAAACAGUCGAGGUUCGGUGCCCACGAUAUAUCAAGACCUAGAUGAGAAUGAUCCAGAAGCACUAGCUGCAUUGGCUCAUAGUAAUGUGACCUUCAAAUCAGAAGCAAAAGUAUUAGCAUCUUACUCUUUCCCUUUAAUUUUUACAUUUUUACUGGAACAAAUUUUCCCUAUGGUUUGUUCAUUAACCGUGGGCCAUCUAGGUAAGAAUGAGCUAGCUGCUGUAUCGUUAGCUUCUAUGACUUCCAAUAUCACAUUAGCCAUAUUUGAAGGUAUUGCCACUAGUCUCGAUACUCUUUGUCCUCAAGCAUACGGUUCUGGAAGGUUCUACAGUGUCGGGGUUCAUUUUCAACGUUGUAUUGCUUUUUCGAUGGUCAUAUAUGUUCCGUUUGCGUUCUUGUGGUGGUAUUCUGAGCCUCUUCUUUCUUAUAUCAUUCCUGAAAAAGAAUUAAUCAAUUUAACGUCAAGAUUUUUAAGAGUUUUAAUACUAGGGGCGCCAGCAUACAUUUUUUUCGAAAACCUGAAACGGUUCCUACAAGCCCAAGGUAUCUUUGAUGCGGGCAUUUACGUUCUAACAAUAUGUGCUCCUUUGAACGUUUUCGUCAGUUAUACUCUUGUUUGGAAUAAGUACAUCGGAGUUGGCUUCAUUGGGGCUGCAAUUGCUGUAGUAAUUAACUUCUGGCUAAUGUUUUUCUUACUGUUGCUUUAUGCAUUACAUAUUGAAGGAAGAAAAUGCUGGGGCGGAUUUUCGAAAAAGGCUUUCACCCAUUGGAACGAUUUGGGACAUCUGGCCUUCUCAGGUAUUGUUAUGUUAGAAGCCGAAGAACUAUCAUAUGAACUACUAACAUUGUUUAGUGCAUAUUAUGGUGUUAGUUAUUUGGCUGCCCAAUCUGCAGUAUCCACUAUGGCAGCAUUACUUUAUAUGGUCCCUUUUGCGAUCGGUAUAUCUGCCUCUACGAGAAUUGCCAACUUCAUUGGCGCAAAGAGAACUGAUUUCGCUCACAUUUCUUCCCAAGUUGGACUAUCAUUCUCAUUUAUUGCCGGAUUUGUUAACUGUUGUAUACUCGUAUUUGGACGUAACGUAAUUGCCAAUGUUUAUUCAAAAGAUCCCGAAGUUGUUAAACUGAUCGCGCAAGUAUUGCCCUUGGUAGGCAUUAUCCAAAAUUUCGAUUCACUUAAUGCUGUUGCGGGAUCAUGUCUCAGAGGUCAAGGUAUGCAAUCCUUAGGAAGUAUAGUAAAUCUCUUAGCAUACUACCUAUUUGGGAUUCCAUUAGCACUAAUCUUAAGUUGGUUCUUUGACAUGAAGUUGUACGGUCUCUGGAUUGGUAUUGGAUGUGCUAUGCUUUUGAUUGGCUUGGUCGAAUCCUACUAUGUAUUGUUUCCUGAUUGGGACAAAAUCAUGAACUAUGCUGAGAUCUUGAAGGAAACAGAAGACGAUGAAGUAGAUAGUGACGAAUACUUAACAGACUCGGAUGACCCAGAUGAAAACACACAUCUUUUAGGGGCUUAA